AUGCCGCCAGCGCACCGUACGGUGGAACAGCAGCGCUGUGGGAAGCUUCGCUGCUCGCACUUUUUAAAGGGUUUCAGAACUGGAAAGGGGUUCCAGAACAGCGAUGGGGAGGUGAAGUACUUGCGUGAUGCCGAAGAACUGAUUCGGCCAGAGCGGAACACGUUGACCGUAAGCUUUGCAGAUUUGGAGCAGUUCAAUCAGCAGCUCUCUACCACUAUUCAGGAGGAAUUUUACAGGGUUUACCCUUACCUCUGCCGAGCAGUAAAAACUUUUGCCAGGGACCAUGGAAAUGUUCCUUCAAACAAGGACUUUUAUGUUGCAUUCCAAGAUCUACCUACCAGACACAAAAUUCGGGAACUGACAUCAGCAAAGAUUGGCUCACUGAUGCGUAUCAGUGGACAGGUGGUACGUACCCACCCAGUCCAUCCUGAGCUUGUAAGUGGAACCUUCCUGUGCCUCGACUGCCAGACGGUGAUUAAAGAUGUGGAACAGCAAUUUAAAUACACACAGAAUUUCAUGGUUAACAUGGAUGACAGAAAGCAAAUGCAACUCACUGUUCGCAUUCAGGAGACGCAGGCCGAGCUGCCACGCGGUAGCAUUCCUCGCAGCGUCGAGGUCAUCUUGCGUGCAGAAGCUGUGGAGUCCGCUCAGGCAGGUGACAAAUGUGACUUCACAGGGUCCCUGAUUGUCGUGCCUGAUGUGUCCCAGCUCUCAACACCAGGCGUGCGCGCAGAAACCGGCUCCCGGGUGAGCGGGACAGAGGGUUAUGAGACCGAAGGCAUCCGAGGACUUCGUGCCCUUGGAGUCAGAGAGCUGUCAUAUAAGCUAGUUUUUCUAGCUUGUUACGUUGCACCAACAAAUCCACGGUUUGGUGGAAAAGAGCUCCGAGAUGAAGAACAGACUGCAGAAAGCAUUAAAAACCAAAUGUCUGUGAAAGAGUGGGAAAAGGUGUUUGAAAUGAGCCAAGAUAAGAACCUUUACCAUAAUCUGUGCACCAGCCUCUUCCCCACUAUCCAUGGUAAUGAUGAAGUGAAACGUGGGGUCCUGCUGAUGCUUUUUGGAGGAGUUCCUAAGACCACUUCAGAAGGCACUUCAUUGCGUGGUGACAUCAAUGUUUGUGUUGUUGGUGAUCCUAGUACAGCCAAGAGUCAAUUUCUAAAGCAUGUGGAUGAGUUCAGUCCUCGUGCGGUAUACACCAGUGGAAAAGCGUCCAGUGCCGCUGGUCUCACAGCAGCUGUUGUAAAAGAUGAAGAGUCUCAUGAAUUUGUCAUUGAAGCUGGAGCACUGAUGCUGGCGGAUAAUGGGGUCUGUUGCAUUGAUGAAUUUGACAAAAUGGACGUGCGGGAUCAAGUAGCCAUUCAUGAAGCGAUGGAGCAGCAGACUAUAUCCAUUACUAAAGCGGGAGUAAAGGCUACCCUGAAUGCCAGGACCUCCAUUUUGGCUGCAGCAAACCCAGUUGGCGGGCGCUAUGACAGAUCCAAGUCACUGAAACAGAAUAUAAACCUUUCAGCUCCUAUCAUGUCUCGCUUUGAUCUCUUCUUCGUCCUUGUGGAUGAAUGUAAUGAGGUUACAGAUUAUGCCAUUGCCAGACGCAUAGUGGAUCUCCAUUCCAGAGUAGAAGAAUCUGUUGAUCGUGUCUAUUCGUUAGAUGACAUCAGAAGGUAUCUGCUGUUUGCAAGACAGUUUAAACCAAAGAUAUCUAAGGAGUCUGAGGACUUUAUAGUGGAGCAGUAUAAACGGCUGCGGCAGCGUGAUGGCUCUGGAGUGGCAAAGUCGUCCUGGAGAAUCACAGUGCGACAGCUGGAAAGCAUGAUUCGGCUGUCUGAAGCUAUGGCCCGUAUGCACUGCUGUGAUGAGGUUCACCCGAAACAUGUGAAGGAAGCUUUCAGGCUUUUAAAUAAGUCCAUCAUUAGAGUUGAGACUCCUGACAUCAAUUUAGACCAAGACGAUGAACAGCAAAUGGAGGAACAAGAGGACCAAGAUGGAGUCAAUGGUGAGGCAGAAGCUCCAGCUGGGGUCAAUGGGCCCACUGUGAAUGGGAUCAAUGGCCAUUCUGAGGACACGAACCAGGAUGCCGCACCCAAAGCUUCUCUUAGGCUGGGCUUCUCUGAGUAUCGACGAAUUUCUAAUCUCCUGGUGCUGCACCUCAGGAAAGCAGAAGAAGAAGAGGACGAUUCAUCGUUAAAGAAGAGUGAACUUAUUAAUUGGUAUCUAAAGGAAAUUGAAUCUGAAAUAGAAUCUGAAGAAGAACUAAUAAAUAAAAAGAAGAUCAUAGAGAGAGUCAUUCACCGACUUACGCACUAUGACCACAUUCUGAUAGAACUGUCCCAGUCGGGACUGAGAGGAUCCAGAGAAGAGGAGACUUUUGAUGAAGAUCCAUACCUGGUUGUCAACCCAAACUAUCUGCUGGAAGACUAAGGGCUGAGAACUGGAUUGUAGAACUGACUAGUUACAUGCUGGGAAAUGCAUUCCUUGCUGCGUUCUCGCAAUGGUUGCUGUAUAGCUAACAUCUGAAAUUCCUGUGAAUGCUUUACUGUGGAAUGCGCCACUGUGCGGAUAGUAAUUUGUGAUCGCUCAUUUACACUGAGCA